GACGAAAGAAAGAGCGCACCUUCCUCUCUCCUUCUCUGUAGAAAAAAUCCCCCCAAGUGCCUCCUUUUAAAAGGAGCCUUUCAUUUCUCAUUUCAUCCUUCUUCAAAAACCCAACCCAACCCAACCACUUCUUCUCCUCAAUAAACCUCUAAAGUUUCAUCUUCCUUCUCUAGCUUUCCCCUCCCAAGUUUAUCUUUUUUUUCUAGGCAGAGAGAUGUGUGGCGCAAAGAGCAACCUUUGCUCGUCUAAUACCCUAACUGAAGUCGAAUUCAUGAGGCAGAAAUCUGAAGAUGAAGCUGCCGUCACGUCUCUCCUCGAAUUCGCCGCCUGCGACGAUCUUUCGUCGUUCAGGAGAGAGAUCGAAGAGAAAUCAUCGGUGGGGAUCGACGAGACAGGGUUUUGGUAUUGCAGACGGGUCGGGUCGAAGAAGAUGGGUUUUGAAGAAAGAACACCUCUUAUGGUUGCUGCUAUGUAUGGAAGCAUGGAAGUGUUGAAUUACAUAAUCGCCACCGGCAAAUCUGAUGUGAACAGAGUUUGCAGUGACGAGAAAGUCACUGCUCUUCACUGUGCAGUUUCUGGCUGUUCUGUCUCUAUCGUUGAGAUCAUCAAGAUCUUGCUUGAUGCUUCUGCUUCGCCUAAUUGUGUUGACGCUAAUGGGAAUAAACCGGUUGAUCUGUUAAUUAAAGCUUCCCGCUUUGUGCCUAACCAGAGUAGAAAGGCGGUUGAGGUUCUGCUUACCGGGAUUAAUGGUUCUGUUAGUUUGAUGGAAGAGGAGGAAGAAGUGAAGAGUGUUGUGACUAAGUAUCCAGCUGAUGCAUCACUUCCUGAUAUUAACGAAGGUGUUUAUGGAACUGAUGAGUUUAGGAUGUUUAGCUUUAAGGUUAAGCCUUGUUCGAGGGCUUAUUCACAUGAUUGGACUGAGUGUCCUUUUGUUCAUCCUGGUGAGAACGCCAGGAGGAGAGAUCCGAGGAAGUAUCCUUACACUUGUGUCCCUUGUCCCGAGUUUCGUAAAGGCUCUUGUCCUAAAGGAGAUUCAUGUGAGUAUGCCCACGGUGUUUUCGAGUCUUGGCUUCACCCUGCGCAGUAUAGGACACGGCUUUGUAAAGAUGAGACGGGUUGUGCAAGGAGAGUGUGUUUCUUUGCUCAUAGACGGGAUGAGUUAAGACCGGUUUAUGCUUCCACUGGUUCUGCAAUGGUUUCACCAAGGUCGUCUAAUCAGUCUCCUGAGAUGCCGGUUAUGUCUCCUUUGACACUGGGAUCGUCGCCAAUGAACUCCCCUAUGUCUAAUGGUGGUGUUCCUUUGUCUCCAAGAAAUGGUGGUUUAUGGCAGAACAGAGUUAAUAGCCUUACACCGCCACCGUUGCAGCUUAAUGGCAGCAGAUUGAAGUCGACUUUGAGUGCUAGAGAUAUGGAUAUGGAGAUGGAACUUAGGUUUCGCGGUAUGGAUAACCGCAGACUUGGUGAUCUCAAGCCAUCCAACCUCGAAGAGACUUUCGGAUCAUAUGAUUCAUCUGCUGUGAUGCAACUUCAGUCACCAAGCAGGCAUUCUCAGAUGAACCACUAUCCAUCUUCCCCUGUGAGACAGCCGCCUCCUCACGGAUUCGAAUCUUCAGCAGCCAUGGCAGCUGCAGUGAUGAACGCAAGAUCCUCAGCGUUUGCAAAACGCAGCAUGAGUUUCAAGCCUGCUCCAGUAGCGUCUUCGAAUGUCUCGGAUUGGGGAUCACCAAACGGGAAGCUCGAGUGGGGAAUGCAAAGAGAAGAGCUGAACAAGCUGAGGAGAAGCGCAUCAUUUGGCAUUCACGGAAACAAUAACAAUGUGUCUCGCCCUGCAAGAGACUACAGCGACGAGCCAGAUGUGUCGUGGGUGAACUCACUGGUGAAGGAGAAUGCACCGGAGAAAGCCUUGGGGUUAAAUGAGAGGGUCGGGAACACGGUGAACGGGGCAGCUGGUAGAGACAAGUUUAAGCUGCCAUCGUGGGCAGAGCAAAUGUACAUAGACCAUGAGCAGCAGAUUGUGGCAUAAGUAAGAAGCGGGAAGCAGAAAGAAAGAUGGGAUACUUAUUGCUUUGUCUUCUGGGCCUCUCUACACAGAAUCUAACAAAUCUGGCAAUAAUUCUUUGAUUUGUGUUUGACCCAAUAGUUUGGUACACUAGUAUAUGUUUUUCUUUUAUAUAUCAUCUUGUUCUUUUUUUCUUUGUCAUUCUCUUGUCCUUUGUGACACUAUGUAAUGAUUAAAAGCAAAUAAUUGAUGCAUGAGUUCAAAUGUUCUUUGAAGGAUC